CUAGAAUACCGACUCUCUCUCUCUCUCUUCUCGCUCCGUUGAUUUCACUCUCUCUCCGCCGAUUGCCAUGGCCUCCGCCGUCGGAUCCGCCGCCCUUUCCCUCCUUGCUCUGUACCUCGCCCUCCUUCUCCUCCUCUCGCCUGCCUCCGCCUCCGACUACGAUCACAAGUAUCAGCAGAAUGAACCGGUUACCCUUUGGGUAAAUAAGGUUGGACCUUACAAUAAUCCACAAGAAACGUACAAUUAUUAUAGUCUUCCAUUUUGUCGUCCUCCUGGCAAAGCUGUUCACAAAUGGAUUGGCCUUGGUGAGCUCCUGGGCGGAAAUGAGCUUAUUGAAAGCCAGAUUGAUAUAAAGUUUCAAAAAAAUGUGGACAAGGGUGUGAUAUGUCAACUUGAACUUGAUGAAGCAAAGGUCAAACAGUUCAAGGAUGCUAUUGAGAAUAAUUAUUGGUUGGAAUUCUUCGUGGAUGAUCUGCCUUUGUGGGGUUAUGUUGGUGAGCUGCAUCCUGAUAAAAACAGUGAUAACAAGCACUUGCUUUCCACACAUAAGAAUAUCAACAUUACAUACAACAAAAAUCAGAUUAUUCAUGUUAAUCUUUCUCAAGAGAACCCAAAACCGAUGGAAGCAGGAAGAACAUUAGACAUGACAUAUUCUGUUAAAUGGAUUCCUACUAAUGUCACUUUUGCUCGUCGUUUUGAUGUUUAUCUGGAUUACCCUUUCUUUGAACACCAGAUUCAUUGGUUCUCCAUUUUUAAUUCUUUCAUGAUGGUUAUCUUCCUCACUGGUUUGGUGUCAAUGAUCUUAAUGCGAACCCUUAGAAAUGACUAUGCUAAAUAUGCUCGGGAAGAUGAUGAUCUGGAGACUCUGGAAAGAGAUGUGAGUGAAGAGUCUGGCUGGAAGCUUGUUCAUGGGGAUGUUUUCCGGCCUCCUCCCAAUUUAGUUCUACUUUCAGCUGUUGUUGGCACAGGUGCUCAGCUAGCGUUGCUUGUUCUCCUUGUCAUCUUAUUGGCAAUUGUUGCAAUGUUGUAUAUCGGGAGAGGAGCAAUUGUCACAACUUUUAUAGUAUGUUAUGCUCUGACAUCAUUCAUUUCGGGUUAUGUGAGUGGUGGGAUGUACUCACGCAAUGGUGGUAAAACCUGGAUUAAGUCGAUGAUUCUCACUGCAUCACUUUUUCCAUUUAUGUGCUUUGGGAUUGGGUUCUUGUUGAAUACAAUUGCUAUAUUCUAUGGGUCUUUAGCAGCUAUUCCCUUUGGAACUAUGGUAGUUGUUUUCUUCAUUUGGGCUUUCUUCUCUUUCCCUCUGGCACUACUUGGCACGGUUGUUGGUAGAAACUGGAGUGGUGCUCCCAAUAAUCCUUGUCGUGUGAAAACUAUUCCUCGUCCAAUCCCUGAGAAGAAAUGGUAUCUCACACCAUCUGUCGUCUCAAUGAUGGGAGGUCUGCUACCCUUUGGCAGCAUAUUUAUUGAGAUGUACUUUGUCUUCACAUCCUUCUGGAAUUACAAGGUGUAUUAUGUCUAUGGCUUUAUGCUACUGGUUUUCCUGAUUCUCAUAAUUGUCACUGUUUGUGUGACAAUAGUGGGAACAUACUUCUUGCUAAAUGCUGAGAACUAUCACUGGCAGUGGACUUCGUUCUUCUCAGCUGCUUCAACGGCUGUCUAUGUAUACUUGUAUUCUAUAUAUUACUACUACGUGAAGACUAAGAUGUCAGGCUUCUUCCAAACCAGCUUCUACUUCGGAUACACCCUGAUGUUUUGCCUUGGUUUAGGAAUCCUCUGUGGAGCUGUUGGAUAUCUGGGCUCUACUUUGUUCGUCAGGAGGAUCUACAGAAACAUCAAGUGUGACUAGGUCACCUGGAGGACAAAUAGGGCUGAUAGUGCUUCCCUGAGCUUUUAGAUUGUUGAUUCAGAAAUAAAAAUUUAAGAGGAAGCCUCUGGUCAUCAACACUACGGUAAAAAAAAAAACAAAAUCACAGGGUUUAGGAUGGUGCUGUAUUUUUCUUUCUCAGGCUUGGGAAGCUCUGAGAAUUUUUUUUUUCCUUCUCUUCCCCCCCACCCCCUCAAAAUGGAUGUUGUAUUUUUCUUCCUCAGGCUUGGGAAGCUCUGAGAAUUUUUCUUUCUUCUCUUCCCCCCACCCCCUCAAAAUGGAUGUAAGUGAAAGCCCAUCUUUACUUAAUUUAGAAUCCAGAGAUUGUUUCCAUAAUUUGGAAAGCUUAGCAUGAUGAUAAAAAAACUCACCUGUCAUUUAGACAUCCUCUUUCCUCCCUCUACAAAUCAUGUAAGAAUUAUUGCCUAAUUCCCCUCCUGUUUUGUCAUUUACACAUCUUUGGGACUACGUAUAUGGGGGGAAGGGGUUCGGAGGAAGUGAAUUUUGUGCUUGUGAACUAUGUGCAUACAACGAUUACUUCUAUCUAUAUCUCCAGUAUUUGAGUUUGCAAAA